AUGCCGAUGGCUGGGAAUGCUUUGAUUAUUAAAUUGGUAAUUGUGAGUCCUGAGCUUUGGUCACCUAUGUAUUUCUUGCUUAGUCACCUCUCUGUAGAUGAAAUCUUGUUCACUACCAAUAUAACACCCAACAUGCUAAACUCACUGCUGAGAGAAGAUGGUUCUAUAUCUAUUGAGGGAUGUUUUGUCCAGAUAUUUCUUCUUGGCUGUUUUACUGUAACAGAAUGUUUCCUUCUUGCAAUAAAGUCCUAUGAUCGUUACCUUGCAAUCUGCAUCCCAUUAAAUUACCACUCUCUCAUGAGCUUGAGACGCUGCAAUCAACUCUCCUUUGGAGCAUGGAUGGGAGGUCUUACUUUAUCAGCAGUUUCCUGUUUCUUAAUUGAUCUUUUACAAUUUUGUGGGUCAAAUGUCAUUGACCAUUACUUCUGUGAUUUUCCACUGCUUUUGCAAAAAUCUUGCACAGAUUCUUACAUAAUAGAAACAGAAAUAAGAACAUUUUCUAUACUUGUUACUCUACCCAUAUUUUUAUUUAUCUGUUUAACUUAUAUGUAUAUUAUAUUCACUAUACUUAAAAUCCCUUCUACUAAAGGGAAAAAGAAAGGGUUUUCCACCUGCAGCUCACAUUUAAUGGUUGUAUCCAUGUAUUAUGCAACCCUUGUUGCUAUAUAUGUGGUGCCGACAAAGGGACAUCAAUACAACCUUAAUAAAAUACUUUCAUUGCUCUACACUGUAGCAACUCCUUUGCUCAACCCAUUGAUAUACAGUCUAAGGAAUAAAGCAAUAAAAUGUGCUCUUGACAAUGCUAUUAAGAAAAAAUUAGUGGUGCGCUAA